AUGAUUCGGUUGCUGUAUGACCCAUUUGGUGGUGUUGGAUUAGACGGCUACGUAGUGGACGAGCCCAAGUUUUUGCGCUUGGAAUUCAGGGCUGCCGCCGCUCAACAGAUUUUGUCUUCCGCGCUAAACUCGGGUCCAGAGCUACAUCCUGUGAUUACACCGAGGUUGGCACAUAACCUACCAGCACCUGCCUGGAGAGGCAUGGAUGCAGCUUUUAGCUCCCCCGAACAGAAU